AACUGUCCCCUUACCUGUUUAGCAUGUAAUUCGUUAACAAAUUGCACAACUUGUCUUAAAAAUCAUUGGGGGAGUACGUGUCAACCAUGCCCCAAAAACUGUUUGAGUUGUUCCUCUAAUAGCACUUGCUCAUUGUGUGACAUAGGAUUUCAAGGACGAAUUUGUAAAGAAGAAUGCAAUAAAAACUGCUUAAACCACCUUUGUGAUAAAUUGACUGGGAAUUGUAGCCAGGGUUGUGUAACUGGGUUUUACGGAAAUGUAUGCGAUAUGAAAUGUAGCCCUAAUUGUUUGAAUAAUAUUUGUGGAAGAGUAUAUGGAGAUUGUUCACAGGGAUGCAAGUCAGGAUACAAUGGAACAAGGUGCACACAGGCUCUAGAACUGCUGAAAGAAGAGGAUAACAACAUAAGUAUUGUAAUUGGAGCAUCAGUUGGUGGAGGUUUAUUUGUAAUGUUUAUUAUUCUACUGAUAGCAGUAGUUCUACUGAUGUCAAAACGCAGAAGAGUAAACAAUCAAGACGUUUUUAACAAAGAGAAUAAAACAGAAAACGAAAAUAUGACAUACAGUGAGAUAAAUGACACCCAUGUGACGGCUGAAAACAACCAUACUGAUGACACCGAAGCAGACAGAGAAAACAUUACUUACAGUGAAAUUAAUGAUGCUAAUUUGUUGACGAAAAGUCAAGAAACGGAUAACAUAUAUGCUAAACCUAUCAAACCUAAGAGAAAAACAGAGACAGUAAAAUCAUUAAACAGAAAUUCAACCGAGGUAACUGUCAAUAAUCCUACCAACGAGAAACCAGACACCAGUCAAACAGAAACGGUUAAGACGAACAAAACCAGUAAACCUCCCAUUGCGUCCAAACCUGCCCAAAUGUAUGACAACAAUGUAAUAAGAAAAGCAGUUGCUAUGCAACCGACAUCACACAUAUCACACAUUGAAAAUGAUGCCGUUCUAGAAAUAGAGGAGGAUAUUGGCUGCUUGUCUAGCAGAUCUAAAUCAGUAUUCCUAGAAGAGCAAAAGGCAGCAGAACUUGAUAAUGUAGACACAUACUACAAUGUAGCAGCUGUUAUAAAGAGGAAAAUAACUCUUGAUAAACUACCGGAAUUUGUUGCCAAGAAGACAAAGAAAAAUUUUAUUGAUGACUUUCAGUAUUUACCAGCCAUAUUGAUCAAGCCGUACGCUGACUCACAGAGAAGGGAAAACCGCCCUAAAAAUCGCUACAAAGGGAUUUAUCCAUAUGAUGAUACCCGUGUUGUUUUGAAGGAAGGUGACUCAGACUAUAUUAACGCCAGCUACAUAGAUGGAUACAACAAGAAUAAAGCGUACAUUGCUUCGAUUGGUCCGACCUAUAAAUACAUGGGCGAUAUGUCAGCGUUUUGGAUAAUGGUUUGGCAGGAAAAUGUCGGAAAAAUUGUUAUGUUGACAAACCUUGAGGAAGGCGGAGUACCAAAAUGUGAUCAGUAUUGGCCGGAGAAAGAGUUUAGUCUCAUGUUUGCUGAAAUACAAGUCACGUGUCAUACUGACGAGAACUAC